GCCUCAAACCCAUUUUCAUAUUCCCCCAGCUCUACUCUUCCGCGGCUCUCACCCUUUCUCCCUCCACACAUACAUACAUAUAUAUAUAUAUAUAUAUAUUAGAGAGAGAGAGAGAAUGGGAGGCCAAAAGUUCGCCGUUCUUCUCUGUGCCGAGGAUUCAGACUACGUGAAGAAAAUCUACGGCGGUUACUACGGAGUUUUUGUGCGAAUGCUGAAAGAAGAAGGAGAAAGAUGGGACGUAUUCAAGGUGGCGAGAGGCGAGUUUCCGGAUGACGAUGAGAUCGCAGAGUACGACGGAUUCGUGAUCACCGGAAGCUGCAAUGACGCGCACGGAAAUGACCUUUGGAUCUGUAGACUCCUGAUUCUGCUGAAGAAAUUGGAUUCCAUGAAGAAGAAAGUUCUCGGCAUUUGCUUCGGCCAUCAGAUACUGGGACGAGCUCUAGGAGGAAAGGUCGGCCGAGCCAGUGCAGGAUGGGAUAUUGGGAUCACAAAAGUUCACUUGACUCCCUCACAGAUUUUCACCACCCUGAAAAUGCCUACUUCCCUCUCUGUCAUCGAGUGCCAUCGAGAUGAGUUAUGGGAACUUCCACCUAAAGCAGAGGUUUUAGCAUGGUCAGACAAGACCGGGAUAGAGAUGUUUAGGUGCUCUGAACAUAUUAUGGGCAUCCAAGGUCACCCUGAGUACACAAAGGACAUCCUGUUACACCUGAUUGACCGUCUUUUCAACCGUGAUCUCAUCGAGGAGUCUCUUGCUGAAGAAGCCAAGACUAAGUUGGGGGCAAGCGAGCCGGAUAGAGAAGUAUGGAAGAAACUAUGCACCAGCUUUCUGAAGGGAAGAUUGUGAUUAGAACUUGGGGGACUAGAGAAAUGUAAAUAUAAGUAAUGUUGGGUAAGUUUGGCAAAGAAAAUCGUGUGAUUUGGGAACUAAACUCCAACAAGACCCCAUUUGAUGUCAUCGGAUGGGGUCUUUAUUAUAAGUAUUGACAUUUGAACAUUGUGAGUUGAGUUAUUUAAUUUCAUUUUCCAAGUCUCCAUCUCA